AGGUGAGAGGAAUGGUCUGACCCGCUCGCCAGGAAGUCCCCGAGCCCCUCCAGAGCCAUGGCAGAAGGGCCUUCUGUUCCUGUGGCUGAGUGGCUCCAAGGUCUCCACCUGGACCAGUACGUCAAGAUCUUUGAGCAGAACGAGCUGAGGCAGCUCCUGGAUUGCCAGCGCCUGACCGACGAGGGUCUUACCCGCCUCGGGGUCCUGCUGCCAGGCCAUCGCAAGCGCAUCCUCUUGGGGCUGGCGAAGGCCUUCGCGGAGUCUCCGUCCGCCACGGAAGGCCCCCGGCUGCCCCCGAGGAGGCCGAUCCCCAUGAAGCGCAACAUCUUCCGUUCUUGCUCGGGGGCAGCCGCUUCCGGGUCACAGCAGGAGGCUGGGUGUGACUUGGCAGUGCCAAGCGGCCAGGAGUCCCCCCCAGACAGGGAGUUGGAAGUCUCUGCCAGCCCUGCCCUUGUUCCACCCCCCAUCCCUCCGAGGACAAGCUGCCACCCGCCGGUGAAGUUCUCCUCUUCUCUCCCAGAGCUUCCUGGGGACUUUGGCCUGGAUCCGCCUUUCGCUCUGCGUUGCCCUUCUCCGCAGCCGGCUGGCAAGAGACUCAGCCCCACCUUUCCGGAGGAGGGGGCCAACCCCCCCCUGCCCCCUCUGCCUGCCAAGCGCCACCAGCUGGAAAGCAAGCCCUCUGCCCAGAAGGCCCCGCCAGUUCCUGUGCGCCCACCCACCUUGCCCCCCCGAGUCGCACACCCAAAAGGAGCUCUGAGUUCUCCUGCAAAAGAGAAACCUCCAGAAUCUGAGGACCUGCACGUCAUACCCCCCACCGUUUUUCCACGACCCAAGUUACCAGAACAGAAUAGUGGCCCUGAGAUCCCUCCAAAGCCACCUCUUCUUUUGCAUCCAGAGUUUGAUGAUUCCGAUUAUGAAGACCCCCCACUGGAGGAGGAGAGAGAAACUUUUAUGGACGAAAUGACUGACAAGGAGGCCACACCAGGGACACGGCGCUCAGUCCGGCUCAACAGCCUGUUCAGUGAAGACGAGCUGAUUGAAGAUUAUUUCAAAGAGGAAUCAGCCACCAACAGCCACUGGGAUGACGGGCUGAACUCCUCCUAUCCCACCAGCGCUGUGCCCUUUGGCACCCUGUCGGGCCUCCAUGGGGACAGCAGCAUGCACAAGGCAGGGUCCUCCUCUCCGAUCUCCCCCGUCGUCAAAGCAGGAUGGCUGGACAAGAACCCCCCACAAGGGUCCUACAUCUACCAGAAGCGUUGGGUGAAGUUGGACGGUGACUUCCUCCAGUACUUUGAUAGUGAGAAGGACGUUUACUCCAAACGUUUCAUCCCAGUAGCCUCCAUCUCCCGGGUGGACAGCAUCGGGGACCAGAAGUUUGAAGUUGUCACCAACAACCGGACGUUUGCUUUCCGGGCGGAGAGUGACGCUGAACGCAACGAGUGGAUGAAGGCUGUGCAGAAGACGGCGGAUGAAAAGAAGUCCAAGCGCUCGCACAGAGCAUCCCGUUUCCAGCUGGCCGGCGGCAGUUUUGACUCCGUGGACAAGGGUGGCCUCCUGGAGCUGCGGGGCUUUAAAAGCAAGCUGUAUGUGGUUGUGGCUGGGGAGAAGGUUUUCCUCUACAAGAAUGCAGAGGAGUUCCGGCUGGGGAUCGGGAUCACCUACAUCGAGAUGAACGUGGGGAACGUGAAGGAUGUGGACAGACGGUGCUUUGAUCUGACGACACCCUACCGGAUCUUCAGCUUUGUCGCUGAAUCCGACCAGGAGAAAGAGGAGUGGGUAGAAGCGAUGCAGCAGUCUGUCGCCGAGGCCCUCUCCCACUUUGAGGUGGCCGAGAGGAUCUGGGCCGUGGAGGACAACUGCUUCUGCGCCGACUGCAGGGCCCCCAAGCCAGACUGGGGCUCCAUCAACCUCUGCGUGGUCAUCUGCAAGCGCUGUGCAGGGGAACAUCGAGGGCUGGGACCCAGCGUCACCAAAGUGCGGAGCCUCAAGAUGGACAAGAAAGUCUGGACGGAGGAGCUGAUUGAGCUCUUCCUCCGGAUCGGCAACGCGGUGGCCAACCAGUUCUGGGCUGCCAACGUUCCCCCCAGUGAAGCCAUCGACCCCCUGAGCGAGAGCCAGGAGCGGCGGCAUUUCCUGGUGGCCAAAUACAAGGAGGGCAAAUACCGCCGGUACCACCCGCUUUUUGGCAAUCAGGAUGAGCUCAACAAGGCCCUGUGCACGGCGGUGACCACGAGCGACCUGGCCGAGACACUCUCCCUCCUCUUCUGCGGGGCCGAAGUGAAUUGCUAUUCCGGGGACCCCAAUUACCCCUCCCCUUUGGCCUUGGCGGAACAGGCCGGCCAGAAGCUGCAGAUGGAGUUCCUGCUGCACAACAGGACCUCAGAGACCCCUCAGCUGGACGCUGGCACCAAUUCGGAGAAGUGCUAUUCGGUCAUCUUGCCCUCCGUCGCUCACAAUGGCUUCUUGUACAAGGCCCCGUCCAUGGCCAAGCUGGUUCACGAACGGAAAUCCCGGGAAGAAUUCAGCCGCCGCUGGUGCCAGUUGCACGAGGGCAUCUUCAGCUACUACGAAAGCAACACCAACACCGUCCCCAACGGAGAGAUCAGGAUGCAGGAAAUUGUGUGUCUUGCAAUGAACCCGCCGGACACACACGGGUUUGCAAACACUUUUGAGAUGUACACCGAGACGGAGAGACUCUACCUCUUUGGCCUGGACAACCCCAAGGCCAUCAGGGAGUGGGUCAAAUGCCUUGCAAAGUCCUUCAUCCCCCCUGCCGCUGAAGGUCUGCUGAACCAGGAGUUUGAGCGGCUGGGGCGGCUGCGCUACAAGGACGGCCUGAGCCUGGAGCGGGCCAAGCAGGGCUGGUUCGCCCUGGGGCAGUCCACCCUCUACGCCUUCCUGGAGGGCAGCGAGAAGGAGGAGGCCAUCCAGCUGCGGAAGCUGCAGGAGCUCUCUCUCGAAAAUGAUGUCCUCGUCCUGGUAGAACGGAGAAGGACCCUGUACAUCCAAGGCGAGAGACGGCUGGACUUUCUGGCUUGGUUCGGGGCCAUCCAGAAAGCAGCCGGCAGCUCCGGAGACACCUUGUCGGAGCAGCAGCUCACCGAGAUGGAUAUUCCCAUCAUCGUGGACAGGUGCAUUGAUUACAUCACACAGUGCGGACUGACCUCGCAAGGCAUCUAUCGGAAGAGCGGGCAGAACUCCAAGACCACCAGCCUGCUGGAAAUGCUCCGGAAAGAUGCCCGCAAGGUCCGGCUCAAAGAGGAAGAUCACCAGGUGGAUGAUGUUGCCAACGCCCUCAAGCGGUUCUUCCGGGAGAUUGAAGAUGGGCUCUUCACCAAAGACUGUGCCAAGGCCUGGCUGAAAGUCCCGGCCCUGGAGGACACCACCGAAAGGAUCAGCCGCUAUCGUAGGCUCCUCAGCAGCCUCCCGGCCGUCAACAAAGCCACAGUGAAGGCACUGAUCAACCAUCUCUACCGCAUCCAGUGCUUUUCUGACGAGAACCAGAUGACCACCCACAACCUGGCCAUUGUCUUUGGGCCAACACUCUUCCAGACGGACGGCAAGGACUACAAGGCUGGGCAAGUGGUGGAAGAUCUAAUCAGAUGCUACAUGGAGAUCUUCAGUGUGGACGAGGAAGAGAUGAGGAAGCAGCAAGAGGAGAUCCGGGCCAUCCUGAAGAUGCGCAUUGCGGGCUCCUCCAGUGGGACGCAGCAAGCUGGUGACUUCAUCUGCACGGUGUACCUGGAGGAGAAGAAGAUGGACGCAGAGCAGCACGUGAAGAUUCCCGCCACAAUGACGGCGGAGGAGCUGACCUUCACCAUCCUGGAACGGAGGAAAAUCGCCACGAAGGAGAAGGACUUCUGGAGCUGCUUUGAAGUCAGCGAGCGGGAAGAGGCAGAGCGCCCCUUGCACUACAGCGAGAAGGUCCUCCCCAUCUUGCACACCCUGGGAAGGGAGAGUUACCUGGUGGUGAAGAAGCAGCUCUCGAUGGAGAGCAUGCUGCUAUAUUUGGCCAGCAAGGUGGGCGACAGCAAGCACGGCAUGAUGAAAUUCAGGGAGGAGAAGAACGUGCUCGGGGUGGGGCUGAGCACCGGCUUCCACGACCGGUACUUCAUCCUCAACACCCAGAAUCUCCGCCUUUACAAAGAAGUCCGGAGCCAUAAACCGGAAAAAGAGUGGCUGGUGAAGAACCUAAAGAUCUACAUGGGAAUUAAAAAGAAAGUCCGUCCGCCGACAUGCUGGGGCUUCACCGUCUUCUUUGAGAACGAGAAGCAGGAGAAACAGCAGUGGUACCUCUGCUGCGACACCCAGAUGGACAUGCGGGCAUGGUUUGCUACCUUCCUGUCUGUGCAGCACGGAGGCAACAUCUGGCCUUCGGAGUCCUCCAAGAUCCGGGCGCUCCAGACCCAGCCAGGCUCCCGGCUGGGUAACGUCUCGCUGAUUCCCCUGCGAGGCAGCGAGAACGAGAUGCGGAACAGUGUGGCUGCUUUUGCAGCUGACCCCUUGACGCUCCUUCGGGACGUGUGAAUCCAGCAGCGGCUCACCAGGUUGGGCAACGGAGGACCGGAACUGGAAAGGGAGUCCAGAAAAUGAAGGCCUGGGCUGGUCCGGCAGGGUGGGGAGGGAGGGAUGCCCAGACUCCAGACAACCCCUUGGGCGUCCCCGGAAGACCAAGGGCAGCGGGCAUGACACACGCCAUGAGCCCUGGGCCUGGGGCAGGGUGUCGAAGCCGGCGGGGCCACUUCUGUGCCGGGAGCGAGCGGGGCCUCCGGCCAUGGUUGGCCAGCUUCCUCACCUGCAGCCUGGACUCUGCCUUCUGGGGGCUUUGUUCCCCCCCAAAAGCUGCCCCGAGACCGCCCCUGCCCUUCUGCCACUGCUCGUGGACGCUUGGUAGAAAGGAUGCUGAGCUGGCUCGCAUAGUCUGGGUUUUACCAGUCACUUGAACUUUUGCUGGAGACGAGAACCUUCCGGGCGGAAGAGGACCUCCUGGGCUUCCCCAGCAGACCGAGCUGAGCGGGGAGGAAGAUCAUGGAGGCCUCCUUUCUCUGUCCCCUCAGCGGGGAGCUUGUGGUGACUCAGAGGGGCCUGCUGCCCAUGCCCAAACUUUCAGUGCCUGCCCCUUUUUCUCACUUUCUGAGCCCGUGAAGCCCUUCCGUGGGGCACCAGUAGCAGGAGGAGGGAAGUGGCUUCCGGCAGGGGGACUGGCCAAGACCAGUUGCUGUUGCCCCCUGCCCCCCCAAGCUGUCUUCUGCUGCCUGGGGCCUCUUGCCAGCAGUUGCCCACCUGGAACCACCUGGAGGAAGGAGACGCGGAGAGCAGCAUGGCUGGCUCAGGCCCAGCGGUCCCGAGAUGCAGGGGAAGAAGACUGCUGGGGGGGUGGGGGAGCUUCUCUCUGUCCCCUCCUCUGGAUGGACAGGGACAGAAAGCCCAUCUUUACUUGGGUGCUGUGAAAAGGGGACAGGUGCCGUCUUUUUUGGCUGAUGUAUUUUCUUGACUUCUUUUUGUAAUCAGAAUAAAUUCCUCGGAAGGAA